UUCAAGAAGAUCGGAAGCUUUUUUAAAACACAAAAACCUAAUUUUGUAUCGUAAAUUUUGUAGAGGUUUCCUCCAAUUCUAUCGUUUGAUUAGAUUCAUGAUCGGAUUCUGAAGAAACUUCCGAUAAAACCCAUACCUCUCUUACUGUAAUCUAAAGAAAGAGAGGGAGUAAGGCAAAUACAAAAAGGCCAUGGAUUUCGAUUUGAAUGGAGGCAACAAGCGAGUCUUCAACCGACUCGGCGGGUCGACUCGUCCGGCGGCAAAGGGGUCACGUCAGGAGGUAUGUUCCUACUGGCGAGCUGGACGGUGCAAUCGGAACCCUUGCCAGUUUCUACACCGAGAGUUACCUGGUCCAGUUCCGAGUCAGGGUUAUUCGAACAAAAGGGUCGCCGACGAAUCUGGGUUUGCGGGUCCGAGUCACCGGAGAGGACCCGGGUUUAACGGGAGCUCUAGUAAUACCUGGGGGAGGUUCGGUGGGAACAGGACGGUGACGAAGACGGAGAAAGUUUGCAAAUAUUGGGUGGAUGGGAACUGUAGUCACGGUGAUAAGUGUAGAUACUUGCAUUGUUGGAGCAAAGGAGAUAGCUUCUCCCUGCUGACUCAGCUUGAUGGGCAUGAGAAGCUUGUGAGUGGGAUUGCUUUGCCUUCUGGAUCUGAUAAGCUUUACACUGGGAGUAAAGAUGGGACUAUUCGUGUCUGGGAUUGUGCUUCUGGACAGUGUACAAGCGUACUCAGUCUUGGUGCGGAAGUUGGCUGUGUGAUUAAUGAAGGUCCGUGGCUAUUGGUUGGCAUGCCAAAUCUUGUGAAGGCUUGGAAUAUCGAAACCAAUGCAGACCAAAGUCUCAGUGGACCUGUUGGCCAAGUGUAUUCUCUUGUUGUGGGUACUGACCUACUCUUUGCAGGCACACAGGAUGGUUCUAUAUUGGCAUGGAGAUAUAAUGCUGCCACUAGCUGCUUUGAACCGGCUGCGUCAUUGAAGGGCCACACCCUUGCUGUUGUUACCCUAUAUGUUGGGGCAAAAAGACUCUAUUCCGGGUCCACGGACAAAUCUAUUAAAGUUUGGAGCCUAGAUAAUCUUCAAUGUAUGCAAACGCUCACGGAUCAUACAUCAGUUGUUAUGUCUCUCAUUUGCUGGGAUCAGUUUCUUUUGUCUUGCUCAUUGGAUAACACUGUCAAGAUAUGGGCUGCAGUUGAAGGAGGCAACUUGGAAGUUACGUACACUCACAAAGAAGAACAUGGAGUGCUAGCUUUAUGUGGUGUACAUGAUGCCGAAGCAAAGCCGGUUUUGUUGUGCUCUUGCAAUGACAGUACUUUACGUCUCUACGACUUGCCAUCAUUUACGGAGAGGGGCAAGAUCUUUGCAAAGCAAGAGAUACGGUCGAUCCAGAUAGGUCCAGGGGGCAUAUUUUUCACGGGUGAUGGAACCGGUCAAGUUAAAGUAUGGAAGUGGUCCACUGCUCCAACCACGGCUAUGUCCUGAAGUAGUUCGAAAUCUUGUCAAAGUUCUUUCCUACGACCUUCUUGUACCAUUAUAUAUGAGUUUCCCUCUCUGAGCAAGGGCCCAUGGUCUGAUGAGAGACUAUGCCAUGUUGGGAGUUUUGAGGCAGAACUGGGAGAGUUAUGUCCAGCUUCAGUCUGUCCGCCUUGUAACAGUUUCAUUUGUAUGGUCAGGUUUGUCAUAAUAAAAGAUUUAUCUAUUCAAGAAGGAUUGACGAGAGUUAUAAUGAUACAUGAACAAAGCCGCAGACGCGUUC